UCCCGUCCCUUCUCUCCUCCUCCCCUCUUCUGUUCCCUUCUUUGCUUCGUGUUGGUGCGUCGCGUACCUCCGCCUCGUUGUCCAAUCCGACGUGCGUCGCGUCCUUGCUGCUGAUGCAGCGGUGAUCGACGAUCGAAGAAGCAGACCAAGUACGAAGAGCACCGAAUCAGUGGCCUGCUAUGCCAGUGCUUUGUAAUCUUGACUCUCGAGGCCAUUUCUUUCAGUGGGUUACAUUGUUCGUGUGUCGACUGCUGAUCUUGUCUGCUCGCACGCACGGUUCGUGAUUUGGUGGCGAUUUCGCUCCCCUACUCUCGUGUGCGGUGACUUGAGGAUUAGGGGCAGUCUGCGGCGUAGUGGCCUCAUGCCUGGUUUUCUGUAGCAACAGUAACAUUGUUUGUUUGCUCCUGUAGCAACGAGAUUGGCCUGGGGUGUGUCUCUGAUGUGGCUACGCCACUGGGGCAGAGAUAUAUGAGGAAUGUCCGGUUCUAUGAUACAUUUUUCAGGUUGUGAAACAGCUGUUUUUGGUGAGGAGGAGGACUAGUUUCAGGCGGUUCAGAGAAUGAAUCAUGUAGUCAGGUUGUGGGUAGUCACCAGCAGAAAUGGAUUGGUGAUUAUUAUAGACUGUGACUGCACUGUUUCGGUUUGGGGAAUGCGGUUGAUUGCAUAACAGGAGCAAGUUUGUUUCAACCUGUAGAUUGCAAUCACCUAUUCGCUGGUGGUACGGUCAUUUAAUUUACAUCGUCUGGACCGUUUUUCUUCUUUGGGACAACCUUCUGGUUGUUGCUCCUGUUAUGGAGCUUGAGCCCUGGUCGCGGUGGUCCGAAGCUUCAAGUGUUUUCCAGGGUCGUCAGACAGCGGCUGCGGUGGUGGGCUUCUCGUUGCAGCAAGCAAGUCCUUUUCUGUUUGUUUUGCUCCUUGUGGGUGGUUUUCAGGCUUCUUUCUGUUCCUUAGUUUCUCCAUGUUGUAAGACUUUUAGAGCACUUUGUUGUUUAUGUUUGGGGUUUGUUUUGGUCUUCUCGAUUGACGGCGGGGAUUGAUUGUGUAUAAUAAUGUGGUGUGCCUCUGAUUAGAACUUGUAGAUGCAAGCUGGUCAAAGCACUCACUCAGGGCCAUGCUUCUAGUGCGCUGGUUUAGACCUUUAUUUAAGACAAGCACUGAGCGGAACUAGUAGAUUACAUGGCUUCAUAAUUGUACAGCUGCACAGAUUACAAAACAAGUGCCACUCGAAAAUAAGAUUAGAUCACAAGCAAUUAGAUGUGAUGCAUUACACUCACAAUAAACAUCAUCGUUCUUGUAGUGCCAUUCAGCCUUCUUUGGUGCUAUUGUUUUGCUCCCCAUAAACCUGCCCAUUAUGUCUGUAGUAUCUGGAAUGCUCAUUUAUCUUUCCCAUAUUGUUGUAUCCUAUAAAUAUCAUAUAUCUCAUCUCCUAUUACUACCAUGAACAAUUGUUUUUACAUGGAUGCACUAGAGAGAAGUACGAGGUUAUACUUAUGAUCACUGAACAACACCCCUGGAUUGUGGUACAUUUUAUUUUAUUUGGAAUGGAGUAGAAUUUAGUAUACACUAUCUAUUUUAAAUGGAGAACUGUAGUUUGUACGUAGCAGCUGCAAGGUCAAUUGUUUCUUCGAGUCUUGUCUGCUGUAUUAGAUGAUAGAGAGUAGUAUGUGCCUUCGUGUGUUGUUGCUGAUGUUAUUCUGGCUCACACGCACGCUUUGUGAUUUGGAGGCGGUUUCGCUUUAGUAGUCUUGUGUGCGUGACUUGUAGAAUUGGGGGCAGAGAUAUAUGAACAGUGAGGAAUGCCCGGUUCUUUGACACCUUUCUUCAAGUCAUGAACCUGCUGGUUUUGGUGAAGAGGACUAGUUCAGACGGUUCAGAGAAUAAUACAUGUAGUCAGGCUGUGGGGCGUCACCAACACUGUUUGCUCCUGUAUUUGGCCACUUGAGCUGAUUUUUGGCACUUAUGGCUAUAGCCCAGUUAUUUUAAAAAUGGUAUUCGUACUUGUUACCCUACCAUGGGUCAAGGUCCGUCCGUGAGCGAUGAGAAUAGCAGGAUCGAGUAUGCAGUGGGAUCUAGGAAAGGAUCGAACCCAGACAUGGAAGAUGCACAUUCAACUAUCCUUGAUCUAGAUGAUUCCAGUUCCACAUCAUUCUUUGGUGUUUAUGAUGGACAUGGAGGAGCUAAUGUAGCAUUGUAUUGUGCGAAAAGACUUCAUAAUGAGCUUGUAAAUGAUGAGGAUUAUCUGACCAAUCUGGAAGAAGCAAUGGGGCGUGCGUUUUCUAGCAUGGAUGAGCAGAUGCAAGCAAAUGAUGAAUGGAGAGCAUUGGCGAACCCACCUCAUGUCGGUCUGAAAUUGCUCGAUUGUAUGAAGACUGCUCCUUGUGUUAAGGGAACCCCAUACCUGGAAGGAACCACAGCUUGUGUCGUUCUCAUAAAAGGAGAUCAAAUCAUCGUUGGAAACGUUGGUAACACUAGCUGUGUGCUCUCAAGGGGCCAGGAGGCAAUUGUUUUGUCCACUGACCACAUGCCAGGUAAUGUUGAUGAGCGUGUGAGAAUUCUAAACUCUGACGGUGCAGUAGUCCGUGUAAGGGACACUUAUCUUAUUGACGGGAUAUUCCCCUUGUCUAGAUCUAUAGGUGAUUUUCGUUUCAAGUCGAAUGAAUGUUUGCUCCGUACACAACAGAUUGUGACAUGUACCCCAAGUAUCCGCACUGAGGAAAUAACUGAUGAUACAAAGUACCUUCUGAUAGCCAGUAGUGCUUUCUGGGACACCAUCUCAUGUCAGAGUGCCUUUAACUAUUUGAGGCAGUAUUCCGGGUCCUACAGUCUUGCUAGCAUCUGUGACAAGCUUCUGAAUCAAAUUAAAAAUCCAGUGGACAACCUGACACUGAUGCUGAUCUACUUUAAGCCCAGCGCCAGGCUCCCUCCUACUGCCCCGCCUGCACCAAUGGUUUACUAAGAUCCUCCUCUGAUCUGAUCCUACUAGGAUCCUCCUCUGAUCUGAGCCUUGAUAGAGAAGAUCAAGGAUGUCUGCGUUGCUAUAUGUUUGGUGUCUCAGAUGUGAUGCCACCGUCUAGGAGGAUGAUGAUAUCAUGCGUAGCGUAGGUAGAAGUAGUUCCGCCAACUCUUAUACAGAUUGAUGCAUGCUUCCUGGGAGCUGUGUUGGAGAUUUUGCCUUGGAGUUGGAUUCUUCAUGUGCAUCGUUUUCGUGUUCGACCUGAUACACCUGAUAGUGUGGAUUUUCAGAAUUCCUCUGUGCUGCAGAGUAUUAUGCCUUUCUGAAUCUGAAUCGCAUGAAUUCUUUUUCUGAUCCUGCAUCUUGAAGAUGCUUAAUCUCGACUAGUUUAGUAAUAGUGUUUCUGUA